UCGGUGUUUUCAUUUCGCAAGUUCGCGAUUCAUCUUGCUCGUAGAGAUCACAAAGCCGUGAUCGAAAUCCCGCCCUAACCACUCCCAUUCUGCGGAGCCUCGAUCAGCAUUAACUGAGUCCCGUGUCUCUCAAACUACCGUAGUGACCGUGAGACAUGGGCGAUUUUCUUCACGCCACGGAUUUGGGCUCGGAUACGGACGACGAGGAUUACGUGCCCGAGGAGCCCCAAGAAGUUUUGUCCGAGGAAGACGAUGACGGUGAUGUAGGCCAAUCCAGUCGCCCAGGAUCCCAAAAGAAGUCGAAGAAAAAGAACCCGGGAGGGCCAGAUUCGCUCAAACGAGGAGCGAUUUUUGAGCUGGAUGAAGAUGAGAAACGGGCGGAGGCCCAGCGACGCAAGGAAUUUGAUCUGGAAAAAGUCGAGAUCAAAGCCGAGGAGGAGAAAAAGAAAACUGACGAUCUCUGGGCAGAUUUUAAAAAGGAGUCGAAUGCCAAACCUAAGCCCAAACCCGUUGCUGGAACCGGAUUGGGUGCUCUUACAUCCACUGUCACCUCAUCCAAAAAAGGGGGAGGGUCAAGAAGCUUGCUGAGCUCUAUCUUUGACUCCAAACCUGCGAAAGAGAAUCCAGCCCCUCAAUCCAAGCCCAGAAGUUUACUCAGUUCGAUAUUUGAUAAGAAAGAGGAGAGUCCAAAACCAACAGAGCCGUCCAAAGAGGUGAAGGAGGAAUCAAACGAAGAUGCCAAGCUCAAAAUCACUCAGGUCUUUGAUUUUGCCGGCGAAAACGUUGAAGUCACCAAAGAAGUGGAUAAGAACUCAAAAGAGGCCCAAAAGUUUCUCAAGGCUCAAGAAAAAGUGAGUGGAUCGACUGCCACACUCCCAAAUGCUGUCGCCAAAAGGCCAGCAGUGGGUGGGUUGGCCAGUAUUAUGAAUGAAAUCUCGGGCAAAAAGAAGAAGAUGGGUUGUCUGGACAAGUCCAAGAUGGAUUGGGACUCUUACGUAAACAAGGAAGGCAUUAAAGAAGAACUGACCACUCACAAUCGAGGCAAAGACGGAUUCGUGGAAAAGCAAGAAUUCUUGGAACGGGCCGAUCUUCGCCGAUUCGAAUUGGAAAAAACGGCCCGAGAAAAGACCCGCAAAACGUUGAACAGAUGAAGCAUAUCUCGGGGAUCUCCCCACAUCCCUUGCUACAUCCAGAGCAUUACCAACCCACGACAUACAUUCUUUUGUAACUAGCCUUGUCAUCAAUUCAUGCGAUAUGUCUGUAUUAAAUGUUGUGUACUCCUG